AGUGCGGCCUGAACCGCUUGCCGGCCUACAUCGUGCGUGUUUUGAACAAGUGGCUGUGUUCUAUAUCAUAUAUAUCAAUAUAAUAUUUUCCUUUAUUUUUUCUUAUCCUUAAUAUUUUCUUGGUCAUCAUAUUCAUAUACAAAAUAAAUAUUAUUAUAUAUCAUUAUCACAAAGUGAAUAAAUAAUUUAUAUAAAUGAAAAACGUGGCAAUCAAUUUGACCAAGAAAUAAAUGAUUAAUUAAUAAAGUUGAAUAUUUAUUAAUUUUCAACCUCUAAAAAAAAAACAAUUUAAUUUUUUAUUAUUUAAUUUAUUUUUAGUAAUAAUUUAAUUAAUAUUUAUAUAUUUUUUUUUUCUUCUUUUUUUUUUAAUUCGAAGAGUGUAAUUUUCAGUCAAAUUGCCGAGAGGAUUUGUUCACAGUCAUAGGACCCAGAAUGAUGACUGUUGAAACGGUGAUGUAGCUGAUUGAAGAAGGGUGAUUGGAUGUUAAUCGUCCCUGGAUCCCACCCUGUUUUCCCUCUCUUUAUAUUUCAACACCACUCAAUAAAUAUCAUAAUCAAAACAAUAAUUUUCAAUCCAUCGAAUUAAUAUUUGCCUGCCAAUUUGGCAAGCAAUAUUGUCUCAUCAUUGAAAUCCAAGUGAUCCAGACGUCGUCAUUGACUCAAGAGUUAAUUUGUAAUAGGUGUAGAACGGUGAGGAAAGGAGUGGUGCGAAUACGAUGGCGAUGACAAGAGGUCGUGGCACUCUCCUGAAUGUUGAAACAUUAGUUGUACUAACAGUUGUAGUUGCAACGACUCUUGAUCUUGGUGCAAGAGCAACACCAUCACACAGAAGUCGUCAUCAUGCUGAUUUAUCACAUGAAGAUAUUAGUACACAAAAUCAGCAACAAGAACAACAAAAUCAAGAGCACACACAUGAACAAAAUCAUCAACAAAAACUUAUGAAUAUUGAGCCACAUGCUGAGGCAUUGAGUGGACCAGAUGAUCCAUUAAUUAUAACAACUAAAAAAGGACGUAUACGUGGUACAACAUUAAUAGCAUCGAGUGGUAAAAAAGUUGAUGCAUUUUUUGGUAUACCAUAUGCACAAAAACCAAUUGGACAUUUAAGAUUUCGUCAUCCAAGACCAGCUGAAAAGUGGGAUGGUAUAUUAAAUACAACAACAUUACCAAAUAGUUGUGUACAAAUACUUGAUACUGUUUUUGGUGAUUUUCCUGGUGCAACAAUGUGGAAUCCAAAUACACAAUUGAGUGAAGAUUGUCUUUAUGUUAAUGUUGUUUUACCAAAACCACGUCCAACAAAUGCAGCUGUCAUGGUAUGGAUAUUUGGUGACAUUUGCAGCAGCCAUCACGCAUUUUCUCCAGGUGGCUUUUAUUCUGGCUCUGCCACUCUUGAUGUUUACGAUCCAAAAACCAUUGUCAGUGAGGAAAACGUCAUAUUCGUCUCGAUGCAGUAUCGCGUUGCCAGCCUUGGAUUUCUUUAUUUUGGAACAUCUGAUGUACCGGGUAAUACUGGACUAUUUGAUCAAACAAUGGCACUCCAAUGGGUAAGAGAUAACAUUGCUGCAUUUGGAGGUAAUCCAGACAAUGUCACACUAUUUGGUGAGAGUGCUGGUGCUGUAUCUGUAUCGAUGCAUUUAUUAUCACCAUUGUCGAGGCAUUUGUUUAACCAAGCAAUAAUGCAGUCUGGCUCACCAACAGCACCAUGGGCAAUAAUAACACGUGAAGAAUCUAUUAUGCGUGGUUUACGUUUAGCUGAAGCUGUUGGAUGUCCUCAUGAUCAUGAAAAUAUGCAAGCUGUUAUUGAUUGUCUUAUACAAGCUGAUCCCCAUAAAUUAGUUAACAGUGAAUGGGGUACACUUGGAAUUUGUGAAUUUCCAUUUGUUCCAGUAAUUGAUGGUGCAUUUUUAGAUGAAACACCACAACGUUCAUUACUAACAAAUUCAUUUAAAAAAGCAAAUAUAUUAAUGGGUUCUAAUACAGAAGAAGGUUUUUAUUUUAUAAUAUAUUAUUUAACUGAAAAAUUUCGUAUUGAUGGUAAAGAAGAUGUUAAAAUAUCACGUGAAGAGUUUGUAAGAUCAGUUACUGAAUUAAAUCCAUAUGUUAAUCAAAUUGCAAGACAAGCAAUUAUUUAUGAAUAUACAGAUUGGUUACAUCCAGAUGAUCCAAAUAUUAAUCGUGACGCAAUUGAUAAAAUUGUUGGUGAUUAUCAAUUUACAUGUAAUGUCAAUGAAUUUGCUGGUAGAUAUGCAGAAACUGGUAAUUCAGUUUAUAUGUAUUAUUAUAAACACAGAUCACAAAAUAAUCCAUGGCCAAGAUGGACUGGUGUUAUGCAUGCUGAUGAAAUUAAUUAUGUAUUUGGUGAGCCACUUGACUCCAAUAAAGGAUAUACAAAAGAAGAGAUACAUUUGUCCAAAAGAAUGAUGCGUUAUUGGGCUAAUUUUGCAAAAACUGGAGAUCCAAACAUGGGCGAUGAUGGAUCAUGGACCGAGGCAUUUUGGCCCCAGCAUACAUCAACAAAUAAAGAAUAUCUCACCCUAAACACCAAUACAACUGACGUUGGAUAUGGUAUUCGAACGCGUCAAUGCGCAUUUUGGAAAAAAUACUUGCCACAACUACUUGCUGCUACCGCCAAAUUGGAGAUGACUUCAAAAGAGACCUGCAGUGGUAGUGAAUCAUUAAGUCUUCAUGCUGCUCUGACGUCGAGUCUUGUGUUACUGAGUAUCAUAUUCAACACGGCUAUACCCAACAUCUUGAUGUCCCUUAUAAAAAAAGACAUUUAUGUCUAGUCAACGAUUCCAAUUAUUUUUCAAAUGAAAACGAAAAAAAAAAAAAAUACAAUGAGAAAAAAAAAAAAAAUAUAUAAAAAUUAAACUAAAAAAAAUAAUAUAAUACUUAAAAAAAAUAAAAUAAUAAAUAUGAUAAAAUAAUAAUGAAAAAAUUAAAAGAAAGAAAAAAAAACUGUAAAAUUCAACGACACCACUGUCAACACAAUAUUUAUAUAGCUUCCUUCGAUUUGAUCACUUCGAUCCGAUGAAUCUUAUUUUUUUUCAUCGUCUUGUAAUUCUUCUUAUAUUCUUCUUAUCUUCUUCGAUUAGUUAUUAAAUUUGAUAGGAUCGUAAAUAUCAUAUUCAUUCAUAAAUAAAUAUAAUUUUUUUUCUUUUCAUUUUUUUUUGUGCAUAUUAUUUUUCUUUAUAUUAUAGACUGAUAUCAUGGCUGAAACUACUGUUACAUAGUCUUGGCAUAAUACAUGAGUACACAUAUAAUUAUGAAUACACAUAUAAUUAUGUAUAUAUAAAGUAAUUAAUAAAAUAAUAGAUAAAUGAAUAAAUAUGGCAGACAUAUCAAGUUGACGCGCGCGUAUUAUUCUAGUUUUCUGGGAUAAUCGAGCGACGAUGGUGAAUCGAUUCCUGAGGGAACAAAUUUUCAUUUUUUUUUACUUUACUCAUGGGAAAAGCAAGAAGACUCUUGAGCCUGUCGAGGUAUAUUUUUUUUUUAAUUCUCCCUUCAUUUGAUUUAUUAUUAUUAUUAUUAUUAUUAUUAUUAUUAUUAUUUCCGGCUCUUGAUUUUGUCGAGGGGAUUUUUCUUUGCCCAUUAAAAUACGAACAUUCAAAUUCGAGCGUUUUUUUUUUACUAACACAAAAGAUAGACUUUUUAAAAAUUUUUUUUUAUCAUAUAAGACUUUUGAAUUUGAUGAAAAACAAUUCAAAUAAUUUUGUGUUGUAAAAUGUGAAUGAUAUAUUUUAUAGUUUUUUCAAUAAUUUUUUUUAUUUAUUCCAAAUAAUUCGGUAGAUUCAAUUGAUUUUAAUUAUUAAUUCCCAUAAACAAUUUACAUCAUUGAGCGCAAUCUAGUUCCAUAUAAACAUAUCGGUAAUUUUUUUUAUUUUUUUUAUUGUCGAACAAAGAAAAAAGUUGUGUAAUUUUUUUUAUUUUCGCAUCUUUUUUUGCUUUAUUGAAAACUUUUUUUUUCAAUUUGUAUUUUCCAUCGUCACACGAUUUUCCCUUAACCCUUGAAAAACUGCCGAAAUUAUUUUGCGCUGACAAUAAAAACGGGACGAGAAUAAUAAUCAAAGUCAUAAUAAAAAUAUUUUUUUUUUAAUUUAAAUUUAAAUAUCCUGAUUAAAUUAACCUGAAAUUGUUAUUUUUUUCAUCUCACUCAAACCGUUUUUAUGUUUACGUAGAAUAAUUUUGUCAUUUUACAUCGCAGCGUUUGCAUUAAAAAUUAAUAAAUAAUUUUUAAAUAAAUAAAAAGAAGCAGUAAAAAAAAAUUAUAAUUAUACUCUUACAUGAGUGUGAGGGAGUGAUAGAUGACUGAGCAAGUUGAGAAAAAAAAAAAAGGCACCUGUAAAUCUAACAGCUGGACUAAAAGAAAAAAAUUCGCAUAUAUAGUACCAAAAUCACUCAUAAAAAAAAAUUUUACCCAUUUAAUAAAACGAUGAUUGUCAACUAAAAAAAAUCAUAAAAAUCAUUACUAAAUUGCUAUAAGAGUGAAAAAAAUAAUGUAUUAAAAUUUAC